AUGGAGCGACGGAAACGAAGAUCGUCAGUUGCGGAGUAUCUCAAUAGGUUAAUGGAAAAUCCCGAUAAAGUGCAGCGUUGUUCGGAGUUUCAUAUGCAUUUACGGACUUUUUACAAAAAGCGAUGGAAUUGCCGGUUAAAGUCUCCGCAUAUUCAAGGUGUUGAAGUGGAUCUUUUUCGUUUGUAUGACACUGUUAUUUCGAUGGGUGGUUGGCAAAAGGUUUCAUUUAACGAGAAAUGGGGUGAUAUUGCUCGUGCAAUCGGUCUUACGAAUGGUGUGGCAGUUGCCGAACAUGCAAUCAAAGUGCUUUAUAUGCGAUACCUUUCGAAAUAUGAGCAGAAUGAAUUAGUUGGUGAAGUGGAUGAUGCAGAUUCAGAUCUUUUAAGUUCGAGAAGUCGAAGUAAAGGUUUUUCAUCGUUGGCCACUGCUGACUGUCCGAUCAGUAUGGGGCAAAGGCAGGCUUCAGAAUAUUUUCGAAUGCGGCCAGAAAAGAAAGAAGCGGAGUAUGAUCGCAUUGUUAAAAGUCUCCUUUCUGGAUUGCCGAAUGAAGUGGACUUCGCUGUGAAUGUAUGCACCCUAUUAUCUCAUCCUGGACCUAGAGUUCUUCGACUUGUUGCUGCUCCGCAAAUUAUCACACUUCUGGUUGCCCAUCUCGCGAUCUUUCCAGAUUGUGACCGAGCAUUUUACGACUUGUACAAAAGUUGGGAAUUGGUUUCUGGUCACAAUUUUAUUGCAUUUUGGAGUGGGGCUGGUAUCACUGAUGACGAAGUUCUCAAACUUAUUCCUCAUAUCAGACCCUCUACGGUCUCGGAAGAAGAAAGUAAUAUAUUUUGUGGUUUGGACACUGAAUUUCAACCACGAAAUGUUGUAUCAUGGCGAGUACAACAGGUGUUGUCAAUCAUAAGGAAUCUUUCUUUUGAAGUGAUUAAUAAAGCUAUACUGGCAGCGAGUUGGCCUUUACUCAAAUUUCUUUUUAUUUGUUCGAAUUGUAAAUGGAGUAUGUUGAGGACAGCAGCGCUUGAUGCGUUAAGUAAUAUCGCUUGUGAAAUUGAUCUUAUGGCGGAAGAGUCAUCUUCAACCAAUCAUUUGUUACUAAAAACGGUUUCAUGCUGUCUUCAUUCUGACGAUAAAUUUCGAGUUAUUCGAGCCCUCGAAAUUCUCUCCGGAUUGUGCAAUAACGAGCGUAAUGAAUCUCUUAUUUGUGAAUUUCUCGAUCAUCGUAUUUUAUCUAAAAUAUUUACCGUGAUUUCUGUCAAGGAUAUCAUGAUGUGUGUUUAUACUUUGGAAUCUCUAUAUCAGAUCUCCGAAUUGGGAGCAACCGCUUGCUACCAGUUAUCUCGUUUUCCUCAUGCAAUUGAUACAUUGGUGUCUUUGGCAACAGUUGAAGCAGUUUCUUUUGGUCCAUCCGGAUUAAUUGGAAUGAAAGUGGUUGAGUUUCAUGGACCAUCACAGCUUGCCCCUCCACCUCCGCAAAACAUAUCAAUAUCUCAAAAUCAGGUAGUCAGGCCAGGUUCCUUCGCAACACCCACACAUUCCACAAGUUAUUCGUCCAGGUUGGUAACCCCACGCAGUACUUCCAAUUCAUCAACGCCAGUAAUUGGAGAUUCUAAGGUUGAGCAGUUGACAGCAAAGUGGAUUAGAAUGAAUUGUGUCUUUGAAAUGGGCAGUAUAGUGCCUCGCGGGGAGUUAUAUGCAAGCUAUGUUGAUGACCUUCGACACCGUUAUGGUGCCCUUUCGGGUUCUGUUCAAACUUUUACAAAUAUCAUGAGAGCGGUGUAUCCAGGUGUCGUACUUCGAGUUCAGUCUUCGUCUGGUAGCAAUAUGCCAGUUUUUGAAAAUAUAAGGAUGUGUCGAUUAAAUCCGAAUAUGAGUAGCCAUGAAAACCUUGCUGCUUCUACAAACACAGAUUCGCAUACAUCUUUGGUGGCGAAUCAUCCGCUCGUGCAAAAAAUGCUUGCAGAUAAUGCGAAUGCACCAGCGAUUUUGAACGGCCAUACCACAGUUACCGUAGUUGCUACUGCUGCAACUACUGAUAAGAAGUCACUGAAUGAAACACCUAGCAAUACAUCAACAACUUUGCCGGCGUCAUAUCUCUCAGAAGAUACGCUACGUCCCAGUUCCUCUCAUGUAGCGAGUGCGCAACCAUCAACUAGCUUAUCAUUUGGCCAACAGGUUGGUCGAGUAACGAUUGAGGCGCAUGAUUUCAUACCGGAACAACGGCAUGAGACAAAGAUUUUGCGUGUAGAAAGUGCUUCUGGAGCAGUCAUAAACACUGUAGAUGAUAAACUUGUUUUACAAGUACAUAAUCAAGUACAAUCCAAAAGUGCAAUUGCUAGGCGUAUGAAUGGGAUGUGUGAUAAUCGAGCUAUAAAUAGUGAGGGCGUGGCAAACGGUUUUGAUAGUGAACUCGCACAGUCUUCCGGAAGUACGAUCAAUCAAGCAUUGAAUGGAAAUCUAGCAUCUUCAGGCUCGAAAGAGGGGAAACCGAUUGCAAAUGUUGUAAAGGCGGGUACUGAGACGAUACAUCCAUCAACGUCUGUAAUGGGGAUCACUCGUGAUGAUGAUUGUGAUUCACUGAAAUCUUGUGCAUCUACACCUUGUUCUCCAGUCUCUGUGAAGCGGCGUCGUGUAUCGGCCUGUUCCAACAACAGACCAACUACAUCUUCAACUGACAGCGAUGAUUACUUGUGUGAAUGGAACGGAUGUGGAAAGCACUUUUCAUCUGCAUCUUUCGUUCUUUAUCACUGUACCAAGGAACACGUUGGCGAAGAUCAUAGCAUACAGUGUCACUGGCCACGAUGUGAUUCAACGGUGCGCGCCAAAUGGUCUAUGGUGACGCAUUUACAAGAUCACCAUUGCAAUGAAGUUGCUCUGAAAGCUGCUGCCAAAAGACGAAAAGAAGGACAUGGUUUGCCUUUAGGGCCAGUUAAUCCGGAAAGACCACGAGAAAUUGUGCAACAUCCGGGAUAUUCGAAGAAUGCAGCUGUUGAAGCAAUCCGGCGGCAUGCUUUCAAUUAUCUUCCCCGUGAUAUUACGGAUGAUCCCGAAGGACCCGUGACAAAAAGCAUUCGUUUGACGAGCUGUCUCAUUCUCAGAAAUUUGGCGCGCUAUUCAAGUGAUGGAAGACGACUUCUUCGCCGUCAUGAGCGUUUGCUUAGCUGGUUGUCAUUAUCGCGUGUGGAAAGUAGCUCAGCAUUAGCACAACUUCUUGCUGAACUGUAUUCUCAACCGUCUUCUUCAUCUUCCCCUCAUUAUUCAUCCUCAUCCUCAUCACCUCAUCGUACUUAUGUGCCGAAUGCAUUAAAUGCUGUUACAGUUGCAAAAGCCUUAUGA